AUGUUCUUUAUUCGCGCAAUCUUCUUGUGCGCCUUGGUUGCAGCGCUCCAGCACCUCGCUGGAGUCGCCGCUGUGCCCAUACCAAUCGGCCACACCAUCUCAUUUGUAUCUUUCCUCUCAUUCGAGAAUACUGGUCUGCUUGCAGCCCAUCAUCUUCCCGUCGUAUCGCGCUACACUCCUGAAUUAGAUGCAGAAGCUUUCCACGUGUUCUGCAGUGUCUACGAUUCCUCUUGUGGAGCCCAUCACGGUCGGAACAUAGCUCUUUCCUUUUCUGCCGGUCUCACUGGCGAUAUUAGCGAGUCUACCUCUUCCGCGUUCGACAUGACCAGCGUCGGUGAGACACUGGUGGCAUUCGCCCCGUCUGAGUCCACUUCGGCCUAUGGAAAUAACACAGUUGAUCUUACUCCGGUGGCUAACUUUACAACUACCAAACAGGCUUCCGUCGCGGCUUCCGUUGCUGACGUGAUCAGCUCCACGGCUCCGAUGUGGGACCCAGUCCCUCCCACAGCUGUCUUCGUGGGUCAAACCCUUGUCGCUCCCACGUCUCAUGUCGAUUUUGCGAUCUCAUCUACCGCUCCCACCAUCGUCCCGUCUUUGGCCGCCUCUGCAAACCAUCAACCCUCGCAGGAUGAUAGUGAAUGGGAUAAUGGGAAAGAUGCUAUGCCAGCGAUCGUAGGUGUCACAUUUAUGGGUGCAGCCCUGGUUCUCCUCUGUGCAUAUUACACUGUCAAAUGGUACAUGGGCUAUCGCCGCAGCCUCAAGGCGGACGAAGAGUUGGCGACUGGAAAAACCAACGGGUCUCCCAAUAUUGUCAUCCCGCUUCCCCCGCGUGGUCCGUUGACGUACCCACCGUCUGCGGCAUCCCAAACGACAGUGGCUUCAACGCCCAGCACCCUGGCACCAACGAUUCCCGGAUUUGAUAUGGCAACAUUUGAUCUAUAUGCGCCUUGGAAGGAUACGGGACGUUAUCCUGCAUUUGUCCCCGACAUCACGGUCCCGAAGCCUGCUAUGAGCGGCGGGCGCCCCGGAAAGUCUGGUAUGCCUGGAAAGACGACCGCACCGGUCAAGCCCUCUCCUCUGCGCUCGGGCUUCUUCUAA